AUGGAAACAGCGCACCUACAGAAGGUUACCUACCAAAGGUACCCCAAACCUCCGUAUUCCUACGCUGGCAUGAUCAUACUGGCCAUCGAGAACUCCCCAGACAGGCGUCUCACCCUCUCACAGAUCCAUCAAGCUCUGGCCAAUAUGUUCCCCUUCUUCAGAGACUCCAGUUACACCGGCUGGAAAGAUUCUGUACGUCACAACCUCUCACAGAACAGGUGUUUCUGUAAGAUCCUGAAGGAUCCCAGACGGGCGAACGGCAAGGGAAAUUACUGGACGGUGAAUCUUAAAUUGGUUUCACCCAAUGUGUUCCUCCGGCAAGACAGCAUGAAGGCGGCUAGGGGAGGUAACUGGGCACAGGAGUUGCAUGAGCAGGUGGGGCUUAAUCCUGUAGUCUUGGACACCACUUUUAAGGCGAUGAUACCAAAGGUACAGUAUCAUCGAUUACAGUGUGUAGCAGAAGCUGGGCAUAUCAGGACGAGUUCUCCAAUUUGCGCUGCUUCGGGCAAAACCUUCAAGAGAAAGACGAUGAGCGACGACACUGAGGACUGCAGACCAGAAUCCCACCCUAAGCGACAAAAGACCUUCUCAUUCAGCAUUGCCAGCAUACUAAAGCUUAGAUCCCACAUCAACGCGAAAAUCUGUAAUGUCAGGAAGCUUAAGGAAGGCAGAGGUUCAAGUACAACUGUUUCAAACUCCACGCAGCGGAUGUCUCCAAAACACGUAAAGGGCACUUCAGAGAAUCCUGCCAUUCUCACCUCAUUCCAAGGCCACCGGUACCGAGCAUCUAUUGACAAUGAACUGUUUGAAAGACCUGAACUGAACUCAAAAUUCUCCUCCGAAGAGAGCAUCACUUUUCCCAAUGGGUUUGCAGCUAGAACAGUUUUCCCAUCAUAUCAGGAGUUUAGUGAAGCACUCGAACCGUCCCUUAACCUUUACCAGGCAUCCUUAACCAUCCCACCCACUGCUGCACCCCAUAGUGACACCGACGAGUCUUUAAUUUACCCUCAAGUCAACUUGAAACACGAUGUUACGGGGAGAGCUACGACACAGAAAACCCCGACCGCCGCCAUGUUGAACCAGGAUUUGCUGCAGUAUUAUGGAACAGACUACGUCCAUCAAUUUGCCCAGUCCCCACUUGAUUUUACAGCAUACACUCAACAUUUCGGACCUGAAAUCCUCAUUUAA